CGGAAGUGAGGCGCAGAGCGGAACGGCCUCUGGUGACAUUUUCUUGGGGCGGCGCGGACGACUGAAGGGAAUUGGUGUUGGAGGCUGCGGAGGCGGCGGGCUUUACUCUGCCGCCCUCCUCACCCCCCUGCAGGGGCUCCAGCCGCGCUCCGCUGCUCGCCGCUGGGAGCUGUCUGAAGAGAAGGGGGCGGCGGGGCCGCCGCGGCCCGAGUCUGCGGCCGGUCAGCGGCGCCAGAGUGGGCGCGUGCCCCGACGGGGCGCGCGGGGCCGGCGAGGAGGCGCAGACCGCGGGGCGCAGGCUGCUUUCCUGUUGCAUCUUUGAUAUCGUUUCCUAGACUCUGCUCCAUGAUUUAAUUUGGAAUUCUGAAAUGAAGAUGGAGGAGGCAGUGGGAAAAGUAGAAGAACUCAUUGAGUCUGCAGCCCCACCAAACACGUCUGAACAAGAGACAGUCAAGGAGGAAGAUGCUUCUGUAGAACUGGACUCUCAAGUUCCAAAAGAUGGUGUAGCUGACUCUACAGUUCUUUCUUCAAUGCCCUGUUUAUUGAUGGAACUGAGAAGGGACUCUUCAGAGUCUCAGCUAGCAUCCACAGAAAGUGACAAGCCCACAACUGGCCGAGUUUAUGAGAGUGACUCCUCUAAUCAUUGCAUGCUUUCCCCUUCCUCUAGUGGUCACUUGGCUGAUUCAGAUACCUUGUCUUCUGUAGAAGAGAAUGAACCCUCUCAAGCAGAAACAACUGUAGAAGGAGAUACUUCAGGGGUGUCUGGUGCCACUGUUGGACGGAAGUCUAGGCGGUCCCGUUCUGAAAGUGAAACAUCUACUAUGGCAGCCAAGAAAAACCGGCAAUCCAGUGAUAAGCAGAAUGGCAGAGUCACUAAGGUUAAAGGUCAUCGGAGCCAAAAGCACAAGGAGAGAAUCAGACUACUGAGGCAGAAGCGGGAGGCCGCUGCAAGGAAGAAGUACAACCUGCUGCAGGACAGUAGCACCAGCGAUAGUGACCUGACUUGUGACUCAAGUACGAGUUCGUCAGAUGAUGAUGAAGAGGUUUCAGGGAGCAGCAAGACAAUCACUGCAGAGAUACCAGAUGGACCUCCAGUUGUAGCUCAUUAUGAUAUGUCUGACACCAGCUCUGACCCAGAAGUGAUAAAUGUGGACAAUUUAUUGGCGGCUGCAGUAGUUCAAGAGCACAGUAAUUCAGUAGGCGGCCAGAACACAGGAGCUACCUGGAGGACCAGCGAGCUUCUAGAGGCAGGUCAUUUGGAUCCAGGAUUCCUAGCAAGUGACAAAACACCUGCUGGCAAUGCAACACUUAAUGAAGAAAUUAAUAUUGCCUCUUCAGAUAGCGAAGUGGAGAUUGUGGGUGUUCAGGAGCAUGCAAGGUGUGUUCACCCCCGAGGAGGUGUGAUACAGAGUGUUUCUUCCUGGAAGCAUGGCUCUGGCACGCAGUAUGUCGGCUCCCGGCAAACACAGUCAUGGACUGCUGUGACUCCCCAGCAGACUUGGGCUUCACCGGCGGAAGUUGUUGACCUUACCUUGGAUGAGGAUAGCAGACGUAAAUACCUACUGUAAUGCAAUGUCACUGUUUCUCUGCACUGUUCCCUCCACUUCCUCCUCUUUGUGACAUGGAAGUUCAUUGUCAUAGCUUCAGCUUCAGAAGCUGUUUGUGGCAUUUGUGGAAUUGAAAUUCAUGGUAACUCCCCCCUUUUUAUUAAAAUAAUUCACUUAGGAAAAUAACUUAUCACAGAGAAAUAAUUUUUUCCUCAAUAAGCAUAUGAGAAUGGUGGAUCUUGUUAGACAGCUUCAUUUUGCUCAGUGACCUAUCUUAGAGCCACUCUCCAUUUAGAAUAUUUUACUUACUAGGCAAAGUGGAUUUCAGGUUUUGAAUCUUAUAUUUAUUUUUCUGUAUAUUGAAGAAAUUAAUAUCUAGAUGUGACCACUCUCUGUCUGCCUCAUUGUCACUUCUAUCCUAGGGCAUUUGCACACAUAUCAGUCAGGUCCUCCUCGUUGGCACUUGGUAGGGCAUGUACAUUUAGAAAAUCCUUCCUUAAAAAUGGAAGACAGAAGUAUUAUAAAAUAUAUUUUUUCUUUAUCUUACUUCUUCUGCCUCUUUCUUGAUAUAGCUCUUUGUCAAUUUGCCAUAACACAAUACUUAAAAUGCCCCCUUUAAUUUCCAAAAACUAUACAGGGACUCAGUAGGUCUCUUUGUUGCAAUAAUUCAUAAUUCUUUGAGAUUUUCUGGAUAUCUAAAGAGUACAUUGAGAGAUCAUUGGGAAAUCUAUCUCUCAGCUUUUUCCUCCUGGUUUAUUCAAACAGUAAGCAAACAUGAAAACCUGCUACUUGAGCAGGAAGAAUAUAAGUGGCUGUGUGGGCAUCUGAGUCUGUAGGCACUUGCAAAUCUUUGAGGGUAGUGCCUUUUAUUACAGCUAGUUGCCCCACAGAGGGUGCGUGGCAACUGUUUAACUGGACCACAAGCUGUGUUUGGGUAGCUUUCUUCUUUUCCUUCCAAAAAUAUGUACACAAGAAAAAUAAAAAUAUACCCUAAGAAAUCAGAUGCAAAGCACAGCCAUAGUACUGAGUCUUACAGCAUCUAAAAGGACUAGUAAAGGAUAGUAGAAGCUUCAGGGAAUUUAGGAAAUGCCAGCCGAGGAAUUUUGCGGCGUUAGUUACUACCCUUUUUCCUGUAAUGUUGUAGUUACUAGUGAAGUACUUUAAAAA